GCAGCGGAGGCGCAGAGGCACGCGCUCCUGGACACAUCUGGAGAGAGCAGCUGCGCACGCAGAGCUGCAGGAUGCGCUUCUUCGCUCUCCUCUGGACACUCUGCUUCCUGCUGAAGGAGGCGCGCGCGUGGGGCUACAAGAACGGGAUAUUCCACAACUCCAUAUGGCUGGAACAAGCAGCUGGAGUUUACCACCGGGAGUCCCGCAAAGGGAGAUACCAGCUGACGUAUAAAGAGGCCCGGGCCGUCUGCAAAUACGAGGGAGGGAAGCUGGCCACUUACGAGCAACUGGAGGCGGCUCGUGAAAUAGGCUUCCACGUGUGCGCCGCUGGAUGGUUCGCCAAAGCCCACGUCGGAUACCCCAUCGUCAAACCCGGAGCCAACUGUGGCUUUGGGAAGGUGGGGGUCGUGGACUACGGACACCGGCGGAACAAGAGCGAGCGAUGGGACGUCUACUGCUACAACCCGGACUCCAAAGAGUGCGGUGGCGUGCUGACGGACCAGCUGAGGAUCAUUCAGUCCGCCGGCUUCCCUGAGGAGUACCAGGACGAGCAGAUCUGCUACUGGCACAUCCGCGUGCGCCUGGGCCAGAGGAUCCACCUCCACUUCCUGGAGUUCGACGUGGAGGAGGACGUGGGCUGCCUGGCCGAUUACCUGGACGUGUACGACAGCUACGACGACGUCUCCGGCUUCGCCGGGAGAUUCUGCGGAGAUUAUUUACCUGAUGACAUCAUCAGCACAGGAAACGUGAUGACGCUGAAGUUCCUCUCGGACGCCUCCGUCACGGCCGGUGGAUUCCAGCUCCAGUACGUCGCCUUCGACGCGUCUCCGUCGGCCCAGAAUCACACGUAUUACCUCCGCUGACCCCCGGUUUGAUGCAGCUAUCCUCUAAUGAACGUGUCUUUAUAGCUGAUUAAAGAAAUACUUUGAGGUCUCUGACGAUGAUCUCACAUUGUGGUUAUGAUAAACACGUUGUGUGGUAUUUUAUGGUUAAAAAAUAAACUGGUUUCUGGUUAUUAUAAUUGUAUUUUCAUAGAUUUUCAUGCUUCUUUUUAUUUUUUUUUAUCACCCAUCACCGUUCUGUAUAUUCACACCUCCUACUGGAUUUAUGAUGUUGUAGAAUUUACAUUUUAUUUAUUCGUCACACGGUCGCUAAGACGACUAGAAACGUUAUCUUUAUAAAUGCAAGACAUUUGCCCACCCUGUAAGUUUGGUUCUCCAAGAGACUUAAUGAUAGACAUAUUAUACAUAAUAAUUCAUUCAGCGCUAAUGUACAUUUUAUCACUAUGAAUAAUUACAACGUUUCAUCUCUGGUGAUAAAUCAUAGACUGCAUAAAGCAUGGUCAACGUCUCUGUGGGAACAAAUACAAUGAUGUAAUAUUAGCAAUAGAUAAAGUAUUUAAAGUGAACUCCAGCUGCAACAUUCAUCAAUAUGCAUCAAUAAUUCAAUAACGUAGGGAUAUUAUAUAUAUUAUUAUGAAAAUAGGCGAUUCUGCACAAUGAGUAUACUUUAACUAUACUUUUUGCUAAAACGUUGUACUUUUAAUUAAUUUUGAAUGCAGGAAUUUUUACUUGCAAUAUAUGUAAGACAGUAUAUAUCUAAAACAUUAACAAAAUUACAACAAAAAAAGUGUAAUAUUCCAAACUCAGACUUUGUGAAUUUGAUCAGAUUUGAACCCACAAACUGUCGUCAGAUUCUGAUUUAAAUGUUGUGUGAAGUAUCACACCAACAAAAACAAAGAAUAUAAUUUUUAUUUCUACACUGUGGUAUUACUAUAGGCCAUCUAAGAUGUGAGUACUUCAUUCUAUUUGAUGUACUUAUUUUUAAAAUUCCUAUUCAUUUAUAUUUUUGUGUUUAAUGUUUUGUUUCACGGCUCCUUUAAAUCA